UCGGGCUAAGUUGUAUAAGUUACUGGAUCCUGUGCAUUUUAAUACUGACGAAGAGCAGCGUGCUGUAUAGAGUCUAUACUGAUGCGGUAUACGGUACACAGAAUGCUAUUUAGAACACAGCCUUAGUAUUAAGUUACUUGGCCUCCGCCAUCGAUGUAAGGGUAGACCAUUUUCCUCCCAAAGGCACCUGCAAAGUCACGUGACCUUUGCCCUCAACGAAUUUACCUGAAGAAUCACGUGACUCUUCCAACACAUCCUACGUUUAUCUGCUGCUGGUGUUGUGAAAUUGCCUUUUUUCUAACUUCUUUUGUUCAGAUAUGUCAGUGUUAUUCUUUGACAGUGAUGGAUAAAACAAAAUUCUUAGACCCUCUCUCCUGGUGGGAAGACGUCUCCAGCUGCUUUCACACUGGACACAGCGGCUGUGUCUCAGGAGCUCUCGGCGUCUUGUCUGUGUUAUCACUGGUAAUGUCGUACUGCGUACUUUUGUGCCACAGCUGUAAAUUAAGAGCUUGUAAUACAGGCAGCACUGUAGCCAGUGGCCUCUAUUGUUUAAUAGGAGACCUAUGUAAUGCUGCUGGAUCAGUUCUCUCUCACCAGUUACCCCUUCAGAUUAUAAUGGCUUUCUUUAUGGCAACGUUGGACGUGUUUCUGUUAAUCUCAGUCGUUUUUCCUUUUUGUUGGUGGCACCAUUCAAAAACUGGAAAGAGAGUGAGAAUGAUAAGUAGAAGAAGGAGGCAGAACUCUCUUGCUGUGUGCCUGCUGUUUGGAAUGGGAGGAUAUGUUCACCUUGGCAAAGUUGCACACCACAGCCAGCCACUCACCAGCACAUCUCCGACCAGCAGGAGGCUACUGAGCAUCUUCCUGCAUGACCAUAUUGAACUCCUUGGUUAUGUGCUUGGUCUCCUGUCCUUUGUGAUCAGCUGGACCUCCAGGUUUCCCUUUUUCCUUAAAGCUAGCAGAGGAGAGAUGAGUAAUCCACUGCACGUGUCCUCAAGGGUUUUGAGUACUUUGGCUGGUGCCUUUUAUGCCUCUGCCAUACUCAUUUAUGACACACGACUGGAGUCCAUUGUCAGAGCCCUGCCGUGGAUCCUCUCAGGAGCCUGCUGUGCCAUUUUGGACGUUGCUAUUCUGAUUAUCUCUUGUUACAGAAUACAUUAUAAGCAUCACCUUGUUCGGCCUCUAGAUUCAGACGCUGUGUCCCUUUUGGGCAGAUCCCAUAGGCCUACUUCUGGCCAGCAUCAGCCCAAAGACAGAAAGCACCAUCUUCCCACACGGAAGAGCAGCUGCCCGAAAAUGACAGAGAGGGGACAUUACAUGGAUGUUAACAUACAGCCUGUUCGAAAGGUGUGUCUGAAAGAGGUGACGAUCACUCGGGAGGGCUCAGCAGAUAGCCAGCCUCUGAAGAGGUCUGUGAAGGUGGUCAGAGUGGAUGAGUGUUAUUCUUCAGGCAGCACUACAGACUCUUCUUCUAUCAGCUCUGAACUAGAGUGGGACUUUGAAGAGGCCACUCCACAAUGGAGUUCAUCGAACGGAGACCAACAAAACCCAGAGGCGUUCCCUCUGCAGGAGCGCAUGGCAGACCAGAGGUUAAAGUGUGAUAGGUCAAGGUUUCAUGCCUGUUUCUGCAACAGUGGUGGCCUGGAGGAGCAGAGAGUUACUGCAUCACCUGACACUAACUAGAGCUUUCAGACUCUGUUAAAUGAUUGAUUUCACACCAGUGUUCUGGUUACAUAAAUGCUUCAGCAUCAGCAUUUAAUCCAGUGUGAAGCAUAAUAAAGGAGAGCAAAGAGUGUAAUUUAUUGUUGUGAUGUGCAGUGAUGUAGAAUAAGGAGUUAUAUGACUGAUAAACUUCU